ACCCCAGGGGCCUCCGUGGCAGGAGCCUGUGACUGUCUUUGGUUAAAAUGUGCACGGAGUGUUAACUCCUAAGCUGCCAGCAGAUGGUGUGUCGAGACACUGCGAAGUCACAUGAACUUGAUUCCUGUUGUGAAAGAACCGCUCUGCAUCUUUGGCGUCUACACUUCGUCAACAACCAUCCAAUUUGAUUCAACAUUCUGGAUCGUCAGCGUCCACGGUGGAGCAGACUCCAGGACUCGCUGCUCCCGUGGGAGGUGUCUCUCUGGGGAAGGGGUCAGUGGUGGUGGAGGAUGGCGCAGUGCUCCAGUCGGAACCCACAGAUUGGCAGCUUACAGCGUGGGAGCUGUGGAAGGACAUAUGGAGCGGAGGCGGCCGAGGAGGUGAAAGGCUGAGAGGAGGCUGCAGUGAAACACCUGAGGAAGGCUGGGCAGAAUGGAGCGGGGGUGACCAAAAGCCAGCCCCGCUGUGAGUUGAACUCUUGCGUGUUGACUGGCCACUCUCCUGUGCUCUGGAUGAUGUCGGAACACGACCUGGCGGAUGUGGUUCAGAUUGCAGUGGAAGACCUGAGCCCUGACCACCCAGGUACAGAGCUGUGGGACAUUGUUUUGGAGAAUCAUGUAGUGACAGAUGAAGACGAACCUGCUUUGAAACGCCAGCGACUAGAAAUCAAUUGCCAGGAUCCGUCUAUAAAGUCAUUCCUGUAUUCCAUCAACCAGACAAUCUGCUUGCGGUUGGAUAGCAUUGAAGCCAAAUUGCAAGCCCUGGAGGCUACUUGUAAAUCCUUAGAAGAAAAGCUGGAUCUGGUCACGAACAAGCAGCACAGCCCCAUCCAGGUUCCCAUGGUGGCCGGCUCCCCUCUCGGGGCAACCCAGACGUGCAACAAAGUGCGAUGCGUCGUCCCCCAGACUACAGUAAUACUCAACAAUGAUCGGCAGAACGCCAUUGUAGCCAAGAUGGAAGACCCCUUGGGCAGCAGGGCACCGGAUUCCCUGGAAAAUGUCAUUAGCAACGCUGUGCCUGGGCGUCGGCAGAACACCAUUGUGGUGAAGGUGCCCGGCCAAGAAGACAGCCACCACGAAGACGGGGAGAGCGGCUCGGAGGCCAGCGACUCUGUGUCCAGCUGUGGACAGGCGGGCAGCCAGAGUAUUGGGAGCAACGUCACCCUCAUCACCCUGAACUCAGAAGAGGAUUACCCCAAUGGCACCUGGCUGGGUGACGAGAACAACCCCGAGAUGCGGGUGCGCUGCGCCAUCAUCCCCUCUGACAUGCUGCACAUCAGCACCAACUGCCGCACGGCCGAGAAGAUGGCACUCACGCUGCUGGACUACCUCUUCCACCGCGAGGUGCAGGCCGUGUCCAACCUCUCGGGGCAGGGCAAGCACGGGAAGAAGCAGCUGGACCCGCUCACCAUCUACGGCAUCCGGUGUCACCUUUUCUAUAAAUUUGGCAUCACAGAAUCCGACUGGUACCGAAUCAAGCAGAGCAUCGACUCCAAGUGCCGCACGGCGUGGCGGCGCAAGCAGCGGGGCCAGAGCCUGGCGGUCAAGAGCUUCUCACGGAGAACGCCCAACUCAUCCUCCUACUGCCCCUCAGAGCCGAUGAUGAGCACCCCACCUCCCGCCAGCGAGCUCCCGCAGCCACAGCCGCAGCCACAGGCCCUGCACUACGCACUGGCCAACGCGCAGCAGGUGCAGAUCCACCAGAUCGGAGAAGACGGACAGGUGCAAGUAAUCCCACAGGGACACCUCCACAUUGCCCAGGUGCCGCAGGGGGAGCAAGUCCAGAUCACGCAGGACAGCGAGGGCAACCUCCAGAUCCAUCACGUGGGGCAGGACGGUCAGCUUCUAGAGGCCACCCGCAUCCCCUGCCUCCUGGCCCCAUCCGUCUUCAAAGCCAGCAGUGGCCAGGUGCUGCAGGGUGCACAGCUGAUCGCCGUGGCCUCCUCGGACCCCGCGGCGGCAGGUGUGGAUGGAUCGCCACUCCAGGGCAGUGACAUCCAGGUUCAGUACGUGCAGCUGGCGCCGGUGAGUGACCACACGGCCGGGGCGCAGACGGCCGAAGCCCUGCAGCCCACGCUACAGCCGGAGAUGCAGCUCGAACACGGGGCCAUCCAGAUCCAGUGAGCGGUGCCCACAGCACCAGCAGCACCCGGCACCAGGAGCCCCUCGCCGGCUCCGUCUACCGCCCGGCCCCCGCGCGCCCUGUUCUCGCGGCCUCAGCACAGGCAGCGGCUGCACGUGUUCUGCUGAAGUGCGUCUGAAGGCUGCUGCCUCCGCGGGGAAGAGCAUCCUAUCAACUGAGAGAGCAGCCGCCGCCGCCAGCCGGAGACCCCUUUCGUUUGAGUCAUGCUGUUGUCGGAGGAGGAGGGGAGGCACAGUGCGGAGAGGGUCGCGUAUGCGCGGGAAAUCAAGAACUAUGAUAUUUUUCUGUUUAAACAGCUUUUUUUAAUUUGCUAUGGUGUUUAUAACAAAAAAGAAAAUUUGAAAAAAAAAAUCCCAGGGGAGUAGCAGGAGCCUUUUGCUGUGUGCUCUGUUCAGUAUCAUGAGACGGGAGCCCUUUGCUGUGUGCUCUGUCCAGUGUCAUGAGACGGGAGCCCUUUGCUGUGUGCUCUGUUCAGUGUCAGGAGGCAGGUGUUUGCAAAGCCAGCUCUCAGUUCCGAUGGGGUAUUGCUGACCUACUUUUCUAGGGGAAAUGCUCUCAAACACUGUAAUUAUGCAUUUCUAAUGAAAUAAAAUGUAUUUAUGACCA